AUGGUGUUCUCUCUUCAGAAACAAAUGGUGGACCAAGCUUCAUCUUCGACUCAGCCUAUCCCUCUGGAACCUACAAUUAGGAUGAACAAUCCAUGCCCCAAGGAACCGGACAUUCGACCUUCUGAGAUGUUCGAAGGAGGAAGCAUCCAAAAACUUUUUACGUUACGUCAGGGGAAAGAGACGGUGUCCAAAUUCUCCAUCCACUUCCGCAUCAUCGCCGAGGAGUCCAGCUGGGACAACAGGGUUCGGGAGAGCCUCUUAGAAGAGGACUACAAGUCCCACAAACUUCCUCUUCCCGGAAGUAAUGACUCCGCAACCGCGGAUUCCACCUCUGAACCCGAACCUAUGCAGAUUGUUGAGGGUCCAGACACCCCUGAGAACAUCCUUCCUUCCUCCAGUAAGGUGGGUGUAAUGACUUGGCCUAUUGAGAAAGACAUCCUGGAGGCCCAACAGACUGAGCCUGAUCCCGGUACUGGCCCUCCGGGAAAGAUGUUUGUUCCUACGGUCAUGCACAGCAACCAGCCCCCUGCUGGCCUGUUGCUACCACUUCCCAUCCCCAGCCGUCCCUGGUCACACAUCGCCCUGGACUUCGUCACUGGUCUCCCCGUCUCUGAUGGUAACACUGUUAUCUGCACCAUUGACAUCGUCUCCGACCGUGGACCACAAUUUGUUUCUCAAGUGUGGAGAGGGUUUUGUCGAGCUUUGGGAGCAACUACCAGCCUCACAUCUGGAUACCACCCUCAAUCCAACGGCAAAACAGAACGUUGCAACCAGGACCUGGAAACAGCUCUGAGGUGCGUAAUUUACAGCAAUCCCUCAUCCUGGAGUCAACAUCUGCCUUGGAUUGAGUAUGCCCACAACUCACAAACUUCUGCAGCCACUGGAAAAUCUCCUUUCGAGGUCGCUAUGGGCUUCGCUCCUCCGCUGUUCCCCUCACAGGAGCCUGAUGUGGGCGUCCCCUCGGUCCACCUUCACAUCAAACGCUGCCGUCGGAUCUGGCGCCAGACGAGAGCAGCUCUGUCCAGAUCUUCGGAGCAGAACAGACGCUUCGCUGACAGACGUCGAUCCAAGGCUCCUGACUACAAGGUCGGUCAAAAGGUAUGGCUGUCUACCAAGGACAUAACCUUAAAAGACACCCCCAGGAAACUCUCCCCCAGGUUCAUCGGGCCGUUUCCUGUGAUAAAGGUGAUUAACCGGUCGGCGGUGCGUCUAAAGCUCCCACCUGCCAUGAAGAUACACCCUACCUUUCAUGUAUCUCACAUCAAACCGGUAAUCACCAGCCCUCUACACCCUCCGAUCAACCUCCCUCCUCCCCCACGUCUCAUAGACAAUGAACCGACCUUCUCGGUCCGAUGCCUUUUGGACGUACGGCGUCGUGGUCGGGGAGUCCAAUACCUGGUGGAUUGGGAGGGUUAUGGUCCGGAGGAACAAUCAUGGAUUCCUAGAUUUCAGAUCCUGGACCCCGGACUCAUCUCAUCCUUCUUCCAAGCUCACCCCGAAAAGAGACAUAGAUCGCCAAGAGGCUAUUCCUGGGGGGUGGGAGGGGUUGCAGAAGAAAUUAAUUCCUUCUUUCUGUUUCUGUUGCAGAACAACAACAAUUUGGAUGCCUGCUGUGAAUACUUGGCCCAGGUGAGCCCGGGCUACCUUUACAGUGAAGAAGGGACACUCAAUUUUCCUGAAGACCCCAGCUUCACCAGGCUUUGUAAUCACAUGACCCAGCUGAACUUGGGCUUGCAGUCGCAGAAUGUGCAUGUGGCCCCGAUUCGGGACAGCCCGAGAAUGAAUGGCAGUCGAACUUUGGCCCACAGCAUGAGUGACGGGCCCCUCCUGACAAGCCAGGCCCCCAACAGUGACUUUUUCCAGCAGGAGCCUGAGUCCGCCACAGUGCAGGUUCCCUCGUCUCUCAAUGUUUUUGGUGUUAUGGAGCGUCAGCAACAGCCUGCGCAGCACCACAGACUCUGCCCUCUGGGUGUAAAAGGAGCAACGAUGAGUCCUCAGCACACGCCUCGUUUCCAACCUUUCACAGUGACCCUAGCAUCUAAUCUUCAGACAGGCCGCAAUACGCCUGCUUCUUUGCACAUACAUGGCGGGCCGCAGUCUGGCCUGAGCAGUACACAGGGUAAUGCCAUCUUCAUUCGCCAGCCCGGUGCAGCCCGGCAGAGCCAGCAGCAGGGAGGCAGAACUCAGGGCAGCCCUAUUUCCCAGCAACAGACUUCUCAUGUCUACAUGCCAAUCUGUUCCCCAACAAAUCCCCAGGCACCCUCCAGCUUUCCCACCGGAAGCCAGGCAUCUUCCAGUGGUGUCUCCUCAUGCUCUUCUUCUUCCUCUUCUGUCAUGCCCACCUCCCUGUCCAACAUCAGCCAGUACAACAUCCAGAACAUCUCCACUGGGCCUCGCAAGAAUCAGAUAGAGAUCAAACUUGAAUCUCCUCAAAGAAGCAAUUCUACCACAGCUGUGCUGCGGACGAGCAGUGGGCCUCGUUCAUCCUCCACCUCCUCUACCUGUCCCUCGUCUUCCUCCUCUUCAGCCGGAGUGGCUUCUGUCCCCACCACCUCUCGUUCCUUCGGAGGUUCCAGGUGCAGCCAGCCUACUGUUUUCAUCUCUGCCAGUUCACCUACAGCUGCUAACACUCCCUCUGAGGAGGCCAUCAUGGCCUCAACUGGCUCCCGCUCCCAACCCAAGUUUUACAUUUCUGCUAAUGCCUCCAGUGACGAUAGUGGGGCAAGGAACCCUCCUACAGUCUACAUCUCAGCAAACACCCCCUUGCAGGGACCCUCGGGAGCAAGAAACAUGGGGGGCAAAAUGAGCAUGGGCCCUGCCUACAUCCACCACCAUCCACCUAAGUCCCGCUCUUCUGUGGGAGGUGGAGGCACAGCUUCAUCACCUCGUGUAGUGGUGACUCAGCCCAACACCAAAUACACAUUUAAAAUCACAGUGUCUCCUAAUAAACCACCAGCUGUGUCCCCUGGAGUUGUGUCCCCCACUUUUGAGCCCAACAACCUUCUCAGCCUACCUUCAGAUCACCAUUUUGGGGAGCCGGAGCCCCUGCAUCUUUCAGAUCCACUGUCACCACACAGCGAGGCGCCAAGUGAGCCUCGCAGACUCAGCGUGGGCUCUGAUGAUGCGGCGUACACACAAGCUCUGUUGGUACAUCAGAAAGCUCGAAUGGACAGACUCUGGCAUGAGCUGGAAAUGAAGAAAAAGAAGCUGGAGAAACUAAAAGAGGAGGUGAACGAAAUGGAAAACGAUCUGACCAGGAGACGCUUGGAGAGAUCCAACUCAGCCUCCCAAAUUCCUUCAAUUGACGAAAUGAAGCAUUUGCGAUGCAAAAACAGGGCACUGCAGAUCGACAUCGACUGCCUUAGCAAAGAAAUCGAUCUCCUUCAAACAAAUGGACCACACUUAAAUCCCAGUGUAAUCCAUAAUUUUUAUGACAACCUUGGAUUCCUUGGUCCUGUCCCACCAAAACCCAAAGACCCAGGCAGUAAGGCUGUGAAGCCCAGCGCAGACCAGGAGGAGGAUGAGGGAACACAGUGGAGCUGCACAGCCUGCACUUUCCUCAACCACCCAGCCCUCGACCGCUGUGAACAGUGCGAGUUUCCGCGGCGUUUCUGAGCCACGAGGGGAAAGGCCCUCUACUCUACAGAUUAGAAUAGACCCCACACACACACUUUUUUUUUGUGUGUGUUGAGGUGUAUGAAAAUUGAUCGGGGGUAGUCGGCGUACAUCACAUGACCUGCUUUUUCCCCCCAGCUGUCUUGGUGUUUUUCCUCUCUAAAGUUUGCAGAAUGCUGUCCACUGAAGGCUUGACUGGAUGGUGUGUACAGCUUCAGUUUGUCCCCAGAAGUCUGAUGAUACCUCACUUCAGAGUCUCAGAUCAGGUUCCCCUUCUCUGCUCACCAGGGAACAUUUUAAGUCCCGGGAAUACUUCGCUGCUUCCACUUACAGUAUUACCAGCGUGGCCCUGCCAGUGUGACAGCACAUGGUCACACACAACACAGGUGCCAGUGUGCCUUUAGCUGAUGAAUAUUUAAAAAAAAGUGAUGACCUGGGGAUAGAAAGUGUGCUCAGUCACUGAAGGGAAAUCUAAAGUACUCACGGACUUGAACGUUUGUUUUGCAGUUUUUAAAGGAUGCUAAAAGGUGAACAGCCAGCGUUGCUGCCAUUGAUAUGUGCCUUUUGCUGACCCUUCAGCGCCUCCUUUCUUAUACUUUGUGAUGACUUUAAAAAAUAAAAUCAGUUGCAUGCUUUGUGUACAGUACAUGGAAGCAGAAGCUCUCUGGAGCUUUUUGCUGUACAUAAUUUUAGAAAACGCUUUAAAAUUGUCCUUGUCACUCCGAGUCACUUGUAUUUCCUGUAAGUAUAGCUUUAUAGACUUUUGUCAACUCGUUUUCUUCUUCCUUCAAACAAAUAAGCACCAUGCUCCUCUUUUUAUGCUUUGUACUUGACAUCUGUGAGCAUUGCAGGAGGAGAGGAGCAGAGCAGGUAAAACCCUCACAGUCAUUAUGAAGCUACGUCUGCCCGGUCCGUUCAUCGCUUGUGUAUUUGCUAAGUUUCCUGUGUAAGAUCUAUUGAUGUAAAGAGUAAAAAAUGAUGGAGGACAUUGUUGUUGUAUUUUUUAAUGGGUUUUGUUUGGGACUGUCUC